AUGGUUUUGGUGGAAAUGUAUGCAGGAGGGCAUAUUAACCCGGCUGUGACUCUUGGGUUGUUCUUGGCUCGGAAGGUGUCUUUGGUCCGAGCCAUCAUGUACAAGGUGGCUCAGUGCUUAGGGGCCAUUUGUGGAUGUGGGUUGGUGAAGUCAUUCCAAAAGGCAUACUAUGUCAAUUAUGGAGGUGGAGCCAACGAGCUCUCUGCUGGGUACAGCAUCGGUACCGGACUCGCAGCUGAGAUUAUCGGUACCUUUGUCCUUGUUUACACAGUCUUCUCUGCCAUAGAUCCCAAAAGAAAUGCUCGAGAUCCUCAUGUCCCUCUAAGUAUUGUUAAAAUUAUCUAA